UGUUUGUAUUCAAUUGAAUUGAAGAUUGGGCUAAUUUUUUGGAGGGGGAGGGGAGAUCUGGUGAUCCUGGAAAAAAAAAAUACAGUUUUUUUAUUUGCUUUUUGAUGGACCCUGAAAAGAAAGAGUUUCUCUGGUAGACAACAUGUAUAGCUUAACAAAACGCUUCCUGGAACAGGAAGGCAGAGUGAAACAGGCGGCAUUUCUUUAGGGAGAGUUUAUCUGUAUUAAUGUCUCCUUAGCAAAGUGAAAGAGUUGCUCUUGUCUGAAGAUUCUGCAGCUAAUGGAUAUAGGAAUGUUGCAGUGCGGUGAACUUCAAAGAAGUUAAUGAAGAAAACAAAAGAGAACUCUUCAGUGAAGUAUUUUCUUCCAUUGAAACCUUGGCAUUCACAUUUGGAAACGUUAUUUCAGACUUCCUUAUGGGAGAUGUAGACAAUGGCUCGUCGCUGGGACUUCCUGUAUCUCGGAGAAGUCGGUCUUUUGAGAAUCUCUCUGUGGAAUCUGGGGGUUCACUGCAUGAAAGGGAUGAUAUUCAAGGACAUCUUCGAGCAGAGGAGGUGGACAGCAUGCUCCUAAGGAAUGACAGUGGAAUUGAAUCAGCUCUGUCGUACGCUAAAGCGUGGUCAAAAUAUACCAAGGAUGUAGUCGCAUGGGUAGAAAAAAAGCUUAGCUUGGAAGUGGAGUGUGCUAAAAACUUAGCAAAAAUGGCUGAAACCGCUAAAGCUGUAGUUGGACCCCAGGAUUAUAUGCCAUUCCAAUCAAUAUUUCUUAAUGCUUUUCAAAAUGAUAUUGAGAACAAUCAACUUCGGCAACAAACAGCUGCUGCUCUCCAGUCUAACAAAUUUGUGCAGCCUCUUCUGGGAAGGAAAAAUGAGUUGGAUAGACAAAGGAAAGAAAUUAAGGAGCUUUGGCAGCGUGAACAGAAAAAAAUGCAAGAGCUGGAAGCUUCUCUAAGAAAAGCAAAGUUGCUAUAUACACAGCGUCAAGAUGAGUAUGAAAAGGCCAAAUCCUGUACUGCUCGUGCUGAAGAGGAACAUGUUAGUUCAAGUGGAAGCUUUGCAAAAGAUGUCAGCAAGCAGCUGGAAAAAAAACGAAGGCUAGAAGAGGAGGCUCUUCAAAAAGCUGAAGAGGCCAAUGAAUACUAUAAAGCAAGCAUGGCAGAAGUCGAAGAAAAAAGAAGUGAUUUGGAAAGCUUUAAAAGUGAUGUUUUAACGCAGCUUCGUGAACUUAUUUACCAGUGUGAUCUAACUCUUAAAGCUGUAACAGUUAACCUGUUCCAGCUGCAGCAUGCACAGGUUGUAUCACUUCCAGUGAACUGCCAGUCGCUCUGUGAGAGUGCCAAACUUUAUGACCCUGGUCAGCAGUAUUCAGAGUUUGUGAAAAGUUUGCCAAAGGAAGGUGUUCGUAUUGAACCAGGUUCUUUUGAAACCCAGAGCUCCCAGAUUGAUGGGGUUUUUAAUAAGCAAUCAGCCAACAGUAUCCAUAUAUCACACGGUAACUUAUCUCAGUGUUCAGGAGACUUUCCAACCCAAAUGUUAGAUGAUGUGGGAAGUCCAGUCUAUCAUCGUUCCCAAAGGAUUGGCGAGAAGAGGUCUUCCAGCAGCACAGAUAUCCAAGUGAUGCGAGGGCCACCGCCAUUCAGAUCUUGGUCUGUUGGAAACCAGAGUGGAGGAAUGUGCAGUGAUUCUGAAAGUGCAGGGGGAAGCAGUGAGUCACGAUCUAUGGAUUCUCCAUCUGCUAGCCCAGGGGAUUUUAAAAGACGACUUCCACGAACACCUUCUACUGGUACUAUGUCAUCUGCAGAUGAUCUUGAUGAAAGAGAACCACCAUCUCCUUCAGACUGUUUAAAUGAUCUGACAUCUGAAACUGCAAAUUCUCCAGGACCUUUUAGAAACACUAGUAUGUCCAAAGCAGCACAAACUCACAAACUACGGAAGCUGAGAGCUCCGUCUAAAUGUAGAGAGUGUGACAGCUUAGUGGUAUUUCAUGGAGCUGAAUGUGAGGAGUGUUCACUUGCAUGCCAUAAGAAAUGUCUAGAGACGUUAGCUAUUCAGUGUGGACACAAAAAACUUCAUGGAAGGCUUCACUUGUUCGGAGUGGAAUUUGCUCAAGCUGCUAAAAGUGUCCCUGAUGGCAUUCCUUUCAUCAUCAAGAAGUGUACAUCAGAAAUUGAAAGCAGAGCACUGAAUGUCAAGGGUAUCUAUCGUGUGAAUGGAGCCAAAUCAAGAGUUGAAAAGCUUUGUCAAGCUUUUGAAAAUGGAAAGGAUUUGGUUGAGCUCUCAGACCUUUAUGCACAUGAUAUUAGCAAUGUUCUCAAGCUGUAUCUUCGCCAGCUUCCAGAACCUUUGAUUUUAUUUCGGCUUUACAAUGAAUUCAUUGGACUUGCAAAAGAAAGCCAGAGUGUCAGUGAGGAAUUGGAUGCUAAACAAGCUAGCCCCAAGUCAAAGAAAAGACAAUCAAUGUGUAUUGAACUAAAUAGAAUCAUCAUUAAAAUUAAAGAUCUUCUGAAACAACUGCCUGUACCAAACUAUAACACUCUUCAGUACCUUAUUGGCCACCUUCAUAGGUAAGAAAAGACUUCAACUGCUAGUUGAUGCUGAAAGUUGAACUGGCAGCAUAGUGUGCAUUAGGUAACUCUUGUACUUUUUGAAUGACAGUAGAACAUGCAUUAUUUGUACUUGCCGCUGUUUUUUUCCUAGAAAUAGUUGUGUGGUUUUGAGCGUGCUGCAGUUGCGCUCUUUGGUCAUAUACUACAUCCUUGUGCCAAAAGAGAACGUAAUGGUGCUUCAAAAAUAGCAUAAGUAAUGUAGUUUGUCUAAGCAUACUUUAAACCCAACAAACUUAAAUGUAGAUCUUUGAGUCAUAACAUCACUAGAUUCUAGCCUUUGUUUCCCAAUCUCCCUUCCCUUUCCUCCCACCAUCCUCCUCCCAAUUCCUCAAAAUUCCAGAUAGUCAUUAGUGAUGCUAAAUAAAGUGUUAAAACACCACACCCUGUGUGGAAGGGGCUUAGUCUGUGUUCCUGUUAAGUGCUUUCUUCAAUGAUGAUUCUGCCUGCUACCCAUCCAAACCCACCUU